AUGAACUUUUAUUUUUUUUGUCUAUUUAUUUUAUUUUUUUAUGUGUUUUCGUUUUUUUUAUGUUGUUAUUUUGUUUGUUGCCAUCGUCCCCGGACAGCCGGCUGUUUUCCGUCUUUUUUUCCUUUCUUUUUUUCAUUUAAAUGGGUGAAAGAUAGAAGAAAAAUAAUAAAGUAUUAAAAAAAUAAAAGAAUGUAUAUUAACCUCGUGAGUAGUCAUCGUCUGUCUAGUAAGUAUUUUGUUUUUGUCCCGAAUUUCCGUGCACGCGUAGAAAGUGCCAAAUAAACAUAAAAAAUAAAAAAAUAAAUAACCUUUAGACGCGUCUAGUUUUUUUUUCAAAGAAUUUUCUGUUUGUUUCUUUUUUUCAAAUGUUGUUAUUGCACUUUUCUUUUACUCAAAAAUGUUUUUACUUAUUUUUAAUGUCUUGGAAAUUUUUUGAGACAUUUUUUUGAAAAAAUUUAAGCGAAGGAAUUCUCUUAAAUGGUUGAUGAUUGUAUUAAGGCUCUAAUAACGACCUCUCCUUCCGUCACACAAAAGUAGGUCGGAAUUCCGAUUUCCAACUUUGAUUUCCGAUUUCCGGCUCUUCCGAUUUUCGACACUUUUUCGACCCACUUUUGCCGUCACAUCCCUCCCUCCCUCUCCCCAUUCGUUUAGUCCCGAGAGUGUCAUUAUAAAGAGCUUCGACUGAUAUUCCCUUUAAUUUUUUUUCAAAGAUUUUUUCUGUUU